CUCGGUUGUGAGUGGGAGCAAUGCUGAGCCUGAACUUUACAGGAAAAUUAAAAAUGGCAUCUUCAAGUUGUUGCUACAUUGAGAAAUGCCUGUCCCUGUCAUUUUUACUGCUUUUCACAUCCUUUGCUGAUGCUGCACCCUUUCAAUAUUACCAAGUGCCACAAGACCAAGAAUCCAGAAUGAAAAGUAUCCAGCGCCUUCCCAGCCCAGAUAUGCUGAGGGCCCUGGAGUAUAUAGAGAACCUCAGGAAGCAAGCAAACAGACCAGAGACUCUACCAGACUAUGCAUCCUAUCAAGGGGCUCCAUUUCUUUCAGAGCAGAAGGAUAUCAGUACACCAGGCAUUUCACCAGAGAAUGCCAAAAGCCCAGCUAUAGAUGAUGAAUCAGAAUGGAUGAGGGUCAUGUUGGAAGCCUUGAUGCAGGCAGAAAAAGAGGCAAAAUUUUCACCCAAAGAAAAAAAUAAACAACUAAGUGGAAAUUUGGAGAAGAACAUCCCUGCUGAUUUGUUGGAAGAUUAUGAGUCAAGUAAGUGGCCUGAGAAAAGGCCAAAAAUAGGCAACAUUCAAUCUAGGUACUAUGAUGAUUACACUAGGGACAGUCCGUUCAAACGCACCAGCGAAAUUGUGGAAGGUCAAUAUACCCCUCAAAACCUAGCUACACUACAGUCGGUCUUCCAGGAACUAGGCAAAUUAAAAGGACAGGGAAAUCAUAAAAGAGAAAGAUUAGAAGAUGAUCAGAAGCUGUAUAAAGAUGAUGAGGAUGACAUGUAUAAAGCCAACAACAUUGCAUAUGAAGAUGUUGCUGGAGGGGAAGACUGGACUCCUAUAGAAGAGAAGGUUGAAAGUCAAACUCAAGAGGAAAUAAAAGAGAGUAAAGAAGAGGUAGAGAAGACAGAUGACAUUGAAGAUGAAAUGAAGAGGUCCGGGCUACUUGGAAUACAAGAUGAAGAUACUGAAAAAAAUUACAAAGAACAAGAUUCUGGGAACCUAGCAAGCCUGAUGGACAAUUAUCUUAAAAUGUGGAUUAACAGAAUGGAAAAAGGGAAACCGAAUACAGAAAAACGAUCACCCAAAUAUAUAGGCAAAGACCUGGACCCUGAAUCAAUAUACCAGUUGAUAGAUAUUUCCAGAAACUUACAAAUACCUCCGGAAGAUCUUCUUGACAUGCUGCGAGAUGAAGAUGGAAAGAAAUAUGCAGGAAGACUGGAGCCUAAUAAAGAUGUUGAAGUACCUGAAGAUCUGGAUGAGGUUUCUGAAACAACAGUGGAUAAUGUUGAUGUCUAUAAAAACAGACAAGGAUUUAUGAAGCAGCCUGCUGGUGCUCUGUUACCUAAUGCCCCUGAAGAUUUAACUGUGGAGGAUAUGAUGAACCUCAUGGGGGCAGAUAAGCUGCCAAAUCAGAGUCCUGCCUUUCUGAACCAGUUUAACCAAAACAAUGGCUUACAAAGACCAUAUUCCAUGCACAGUAAAGCAAAGGGGCACAAAGCUGCUUGGUUAAAUGAUUUUGAAAAGAGGCAAAUGGAAUAUGAUCCAAGAUCAGAGAAAGAAGAUGAGUAUGUUGUUGAGAUGUUAGCCAAAUACCCAGAGCUGUUAAAUAACAAUCAGAACAGAAAAGUAGGAGCCGUAUAUACCCCAGGUGACAUCCAAGAACUUGAAAAGCAGUAUGAAAAGGCUUUGAGGGGUUAUUUGAACACAAGAGGAUUUCAGGAUUAUGAGACACUGACCAAAGGUAACAGAAGACUUCCUAUGCCCAGGGAGGGUGAUGACACACAGGCCAAAGUGUAUGCAGACGAGGACAUGCUCAUGAAGGUGUUGGAGUACUUAAACCAAGAGAAAGCAGACAAAGUUAGAGAUCAAAUUGUUAAGAGAUCAUUGGAAAAUAUGUAAUGUGUUUGUGAUAACCAACCUUUUUAGUUCUGUUUAUUUACCUUUUCAUUUCUUUUCCUCAGGUGGAUAAAUAUGAGUCCCUCUUCCAUUGUUGAGGAAGGUCUUGCAAUGUCCCAGUUUAGAGAAAUUAUUUUAUUUUAUUGGUUUAGGUCAGUUUCCAUAGUAAUAUUGAUUUAUCCAUUAAAUGCUGGCUGUACUAUUUGUAGCAAUUCCCUGAGGUUGGGAGGGAAGGUUCGUUUCCAGUUGGGAAGAAAUUGCUUGAGUGUCUUACACUUUAAAAUUUACAGAACAUGCUUUGUUUUCCAGUCUCUUGUAAUUUGUUUAGCAUGAGAUCAUGCUCUGAGAAGCUGCCACUUACUUAACAACAGUGACAACUAUGUAGUUUAUAUUGGAAUGUAAUGAUUGGUCAAUAGGGAAUACAUCUGUAUUGUCCUUAUGCAAAGAUAUUAUAUUGCUGGGCUCUAUAUUAGACUUCUCUAGACAAUGCAGUCAUUAUAAUGUGCUUAUUUUUGUGUCCUGCUAAUUUCAUUGGCACAGGCAUGUUGAAAUCUAGGAAAGGGAUAUCUGGGGUAGUCAUAUAUUUUAUUUAUAUUUAUUUCACUAAGCACUGACUGUGCUCAUAGUUUCUAUGCGAUUCUAGUGGUACAUUUUCUUUUAUAAAUUAUUUACUUUAACUGAACCUGAAAAGCAAUGCUUGGCAAAAUGUGAGUACAGCACCUGCUUUGUAGCAAGGACACUUCCAUUAAUGUAUGGGAAACAGCUGCUAUAGAAGAGUUUUAUGUUCUGCGCACACCAAAACAGGGACAUUUCUGGGCCCUACUUAGGGCCAGAUUCAAUUAAAAAAUAAAAAGAUUCAUGGGAGAGAAAAAUGUUUUCAUCUCAGAUUGAAUAAUCUGUUUAACUCAUGAGUAAGAUAAGUCACAUAGCCAUUCUAGUGCAAAGGCAUUGCUAUUUAAAGGAAAGCGAAUAUGUCACUGUAAUUAAUAAGACCAGGGCCGAAACUAGGUGUUGGCAGAAGAGGCACCUGUCUACAGUGCAAUGAUGGGGGCGUUGAGCAGGUACCUGUUAAAGGGUCUGCCUACUCUUAGUCCGUGUUCCCUUCCCUCUGUCACUCUCCCCUCCCUGCGUCACUCUCCUCUCCUUCCCCUCUGCCCCUCUCCUCUCCCACCCCUACCAUCCCCUCUACUGCUUUCUGCCCUCCCCUCGGCCACACUCUCCCCUACCUCUACUGUCCUCCCCUCUGUUACGAGCCAUGCGCCUGCACAUUCAUGCUUGCGUGCAUAUGGUGGGGGGAGAGUGGGGCCUAUUGUGGCCGGCCUGGUUGACUAGGGCUCCCAGUCAGCCUGGCCCUGCCCUGAAUACAACAUUUUAUGUAGUGAGAUAUAACAAUGACUAGAGCUUAGCGUAACUAGAGCUUGGCCGGCCUCUCUGCAGAUAAACAUGGAGUUCCCCUCUAUCUUGGAUAACUAAUGAAGCACGUGUAUACCUUUCAACCUUUCAAAAAUCACAGACUUGCCAGUAAGACCACUAUGAAUAUGUUCAAUGAAAACUCCAUUAACUUUGGGCACUGCAUUAAUAGAUUGAAAGCAUUACCUCACCAAGUCGAAUACCACACUAUUCUUCUAACUGUGCUUGUCUCUCUCUCUGCUUCUUCCACCUCAGGGAAAGUUCAAUGAAAAAAAAUCAAAGAUGGCCGUGCAUUCCACGGGUGGAACGCACUGGCAUCUUGGAUUUAUUCCGUCCAGAAUGGGAAGGUGAGACAGCUCUAUUCAAAACCUGGCAGCAGCAGCGAUCCCUGCUAUUUCCUCCACUGCAAUGACUUACACUAUACUAAAAUGUCAUAAAAUAUCUUGAUAAAGUUAGCAUUGGUUUAAAAUACUACAGAACCACCACAGGUAGGGUUGCCACCUGCCUGGUAUUUUACCGGCCUGGCCUGUGAAAAUGUUACCUGAUGCCAAUGUUAUUUAUAGGUAAAAACCACAAAAAUAUAGAAAGGUCUGUAUUUUUUUCUAGAAAAGGUGGCAACCCAAACCACGGACAGGUUUACAGUUUAUCAUAGAAUGCCUUGUUGAUAGGCACCUGAGACAUAAAGUGGGAAAAUAGUUAAUAUGUUAAUUCUCAGCUUACUUCAGUAAGGAAGGGUAGGUACAUGGGUGGGGUCCUUAUGAGAAAUGUUAUUGUACACGUCCAUUCUUGCAGUCUCCAUUGCUUAUUGGUCUGCAGUUAAGUUAAAACACUUGCUGAUGGCAGUAGUUAUAUGAACACGUAUUAUAAUAUUUCAAACUGAACAGUAAAUAUCAGUUGCAAUAUAAUAGAAGUUAUAUCCAGGAUUCUAGUAGCAGAUUUCCCCUUGCCCCUCCAUGCUGACCUUUCAUUAACAAAUGUAUAAUUUCUGCCUGGGUCGUUUGGUUGUUUCUACAUGUACUUACCAUACUUGCCAUGUUACUUAACAUGCUUAAUAAAGUGUUUGGGAUAUGACGAGACUCUAUGGACUACACAUUCCCUAUUGACACUGCCUGACAGGUUUCACCUUUGAGAUUCUGUUCACAGGCAUUUUUUUUUACUCAUAGAAGCUAUUUUGUUACUGUUUGUUGUUUAUUGUGUGGUACUGUACAAAAAAAACAAAAGAAAAGAAAAAUAAAGCAUUCUGUAUAUU